AUGCAAAUCUUUGUCAAAACUUUAACAGGAAAGACGUUGACAGUGGACGUCCAACCUAGUGAUUCGAUUGAGACCCUCAAGGCCAAGAUUUAUGAUAAGGAUGGAAUCCCAUCUGAUCAACUUCGUUAUUUCUGUUCGGGAGGACAAUUAGAGGAUGGAAGAACGGUCGAUGACUACAACUUGCAAGAAGAUUCUACCAUUUAUCUCGUGUUGAGGUUACAUCGAUGUGCUUAA